AUGGAAUUAAUUAAAAUAAUUUAAUAAUCUUAUUUUUAUAUUUUUUUCAUUCAUAUUUAAAUUAUUGAUUAUAUUUAUAUAUUUAGUUUGACUAAAGAUUGUUUGUUUGAUUCAUUGAUUUACUUAUUAACUGAACCAGUAAAAAAAAUAGCUUGCAUUUAUUUUAAAUAAAUUUUAAAGGAAAGAUUAAAAAUGGCUACUAAUUUUUUAUAUCAGUAGAUUACAAAUUUAGAUCUUUAUUCAGUCCCAUUUUAGUAUAAUUUAAAGAGCUAGUAGAAAUCAAGUAAAACAUUUAUUGGAGGUUUUUGCUCGCUAAUCGUUAUUAUUAUUUCUUUGAUCUAUCUUUUGUAUCUAAGCAUUUUAUACUUCAGCAAUCAGAUAUAACCAACGAUAUCUACUAAAAGUAAAAUAACAAUGGAUUCAUUUUCAGUUGAAAUACCAAAUGACUUUAUCACUAUAAAAAUAAUUUUAUCUAGUGGCUAAAACCUUAUUGACUAUCAAAAAUAGUCUGGAAAAUAGCUGUUACUUGUUGGAAUGCAACAUAAGCGUAGAGAUCAAACAAAUAGCUCUAAUUUUAUACUUGAUUACUACAAGAUGGAUGUUUGCGAAGAUACGAGUUUAGCAGGAUAUUAUUGUAUUAAUUUUAACAAAUAACUAGGUGUCUAGAACAAUAAUAAGACCAGCAUUCAAUUAAAUUUCAAUAGCACAUAAGAUUAACAAGACAAGUUAAUGUUAAUUUGGUCUAUGUGUGACAAAAGAUAUAUUGAAGUAGGUGAAUACGAGUAAAAUUGUAUUAAUUUAAUCCCUUGA